UUUGCUGGUGUCACAACCUUGAGGUGUUGGAAGCAAACGACAACUACUUGGAGAAACUCCCGGCGAGGCUGGGGGAAAUGAAGCAACUCAGGCACCUGAGCUUCUUCUCGGCAACAACCAGCUCAAGAAGCUGCCCUACAGCGUUGGGUUUCUGACCAGUCUCAAGACACUGCAGCUGUACAACAACCCUUUGGCCGACCCUCCGGCAGAGCUAUUGCUGUUGGGCAUGGGGGCUAUGCUGUGGGAAUGCCGGAAAAGACAUUGGAUGCAAGUUCGAGGGCCUCCGCCUGUCGUCCGUGUGCACGGUUUCGGGAUAGAGGCAAGUAGAGGGAUAUGAUGGGGUUCGUCGUGCACGUUUCCACCCAGUACCGUUUCAUCUUUUGGGUUGAGGAUCGUAAGGACCAAGAGGUGUGCUUGGUUUGAGAUAGAGGACGGUACCAGACCGUGGACGUUACAGCUUCAUCGCCGAUGCGGUCUAGACAAGCCCUGUGUGUCAUCAGGGUGUAUGGACUACCGAUAGAAGAAACAACGUUCGAGUCUUCGAUUUUUUUUCCCCGAGAUUUCACGUCAUGUUUUUUGUUGAUUUACUAAGUGCCUUACUUCGAAAACAUAGUAGAGCUUUUAUGUAGAGCGUUUGAAGUCCACGACUUGAACCAUCCUCAACUCGAUAGCCCAUCAGAGUAGAUGGGACUGCCUCUCUUACCAUUCUCACUAACGUAUGAUACCUCUUGAGAAUCGGAUGAAGGCCCUCCUAAAAGGAGAGAAAACCAUAGCCAACGAAAACAAACACGUACACGUGUUGUUGAGCAUGGGAACAAUGCGAGUGGCAAACAAUCGGAUAGUCACAUGAACAUUUGUACAACUGUUGCUAAUCCGUUCUAAAUGCAUUCUAGGAGGAGAAGCUGGAGCUCCAGCCGGAGUUUGACCGCAAGCUUGCGAAACGCAUUAAAAUGGCCGGGCGUAGCGGGGAGCUGAACUUUAUGAUGGAGGGGCUCACGUACUUUCCGAUGGGGGUAUUCCAAGAAGAAGUAAGGCAAUCGGAUGAGUCAUGUGUGUUGAUGCGAGACCCAGACUUUGCCAAGAGAGAGCGUACCACGAGAUAUCGACCCACUUCAUCGAUUCUCUUAUCGAAUGGAUGAGAUCUACGGUGCAUGGUGGUGAAUGAUCAUUUGUGACUUCCUUGUAUUGGGGCCUUGAGUGUUGGCUUGGGAUUGUGACGGGAAACGCAGAGUUGACAACGGCUUCUGCAUAUCAACACUGACCACAACACGACACAAUACG